AACCCGCGCAAGUUCAGCGAGAAGAUCGCCCUGCAGAAGCAGCGCCAGGCCGAGGAGACGGCGGCCUUCGAAGAAGUGAUGAUGGAGCUUGGCACCACCCGGUUACAGGCUCAGAAGCUGCGGCUGGCCCACAGCCGAGGCCCGUACUAUGGCGGCUCCUUGCCCAACGUGAACCAGAUCGGGAGUGGUGCCUCCGAUUUUCAGGGCCCUCUGCACUCCCCUCUGGACACGGCCCGGGGCACACGGCACCACGGCUUGGUGGAACGGGUGCAGCGAGACCCUCGGCGGAUGGUGUCGCCUCUUCGCCGCUACAUGCGUCAGAUCGACAGUUCCCCCUACAGCCCUGCGUACCUGUCCCCUCCUGCCGAACCCAGCUGGAGGAGGGCCGUGCCGUGGGGCAACUUCCCGGCAGAGAAAGGACAGCUGUUCCGGCUGCCGUCGGCGCUCAACAGAACAAAUUCAGACUCUGCCCUCCACACGAGCGUGAUGCACCCCAACCCGCAGGACGCAUACCUGGGCCCCUCCCAAGGAGCGCCCCCUCCAAAUCGCAAAAGUGGUUAUCUGGACAGCGACAUGGAUAGCAAAGUCUUUCUUUUCCAAGUGCCUUCCAUUGAAGAGAGUCUUCUGGACGAAAACAAGCAGUUGCUGAAGCCCUGGGACACCAGGAAACUCUCCUCGUCUUCUCCCCGUCCAAGGUCCUGCGAGGUGCCUGGGAUCAACAUCUUCCCAUCUCCGGACCAACCUGCCAACCUGCCUCUGAUCCCGGCUGCCCUCAACACGGGGGGAUCCCUCCCGGAUCUCACCAACCUGCAUUUUCCGUCCCCGUUGCCCACGCCUCUGGACCCAGAGGAGUCGGGCUACCCCGGCCUGAGCGGCGGGAGCAGCACCGGGAAUCUGGCCCACACCAUGACCCACCUGGGCAUCAGCAGCAGCAUGGCCCUCGGUCCUGGCUACGACUCCCCAGGGCUGGGGUCAUCUAUGCAGAGCUCCCUCAGUAACCCCUGCAUCCAGUCCGCGCUUAGCAACCCCUCGCUCCAGGGCUCGCUCAGCAACCCCUCCCUCCGCUCCUCCCCAAGCUCCUCCUCCAUCCCCUCCUCCAUGAGCAACCAAUCCCUGCCCUCCUCCCUCAGCAACCCCUCCCUCUCGUCCUCCCUCAGCAGCCACGCCUCCGCUUCCUCUCCUGCCGCCUCCGCCGCCGCCUCUUCCUCCACCGCCUCCGCUUCCUCCCCGGCGGCCCUGCCCUCCGCCUACGCCCCGCUCAAUGCCUCGCCCCGCCGCCGGGUCCCCCUCAGCCCCCUGACCCUCCCCAUGGGCGGCGACGCCAGAAGGCAGCACCCCAAACAGUUCUCACCAACAAUGUCACCCACCUUGUCCUCCAUCACGCAGGGGGUGCCGCUGGACACCAGCAAACUCCCGGCCGACCAAAGGCUGCCGCCGUACCCGUACGGCCAGCCCAGCCUCCUCUUGCCGCUCGGCCAGAAGCCUCACCCGCAGGGCCAGGGGAUGGCGAUGGCCCCCCAGCAAGGGCGCCCCCCGACACAGCACCAUCACCACCACCACCAGCCGCAGCCGCCGCCCACGCCGUCCCAGUGUCCUUACCCCGGCGGGCACUACCAGCCCAAUUCAAUGCUCCAGCACCACCAGUACGGCCAGCCUCUGGGUGACUUCGGCCUGGGCAGCCUGGACCAGUACGGCUUCGUUGACAACAUGAGUGAAGGGUUCGAAUUCAACAGCAACGCCUUCGCGGACGACCUGGGUGCCUUAAACUACCCUCAAGGCAACAAUGCCGGCCAGUCGGGAGGCAUGGGGGGCCCCGCCAACCCCCACGACCCCCACCUGCUCAACCGCCAGAACCUGAGCAACUGCAGCCGCCACAGCACCAUCCCCAACAUCAUCCUCACAGGGGACUCCCCCCCAGGGAUCUCCAGAGAGAUCGCCACCGUCUUGGCGGGCAUGCCGGGCUUCGAGAUGGACACCUCCUCGCUGGGUCUGGACGAAGACUUGAAGAUCGAGCCCCUGACUUUGGAUGCGUUCAACAUGCUGAGCGAUCCUUACGCCCCCUUGACCGACACGGCCGUGGAGGAUUCCUUCCGCACCGACCGGCUCCAGUGAAGGGGGGGAGCAGAGGCGCCGGCGGCCGGAACGUGCCCACCCAUGCCGAGAGGACGCCACUGUCUCGGGUCUCAGCAGGGCAAAGGCCGGCGUUCCGCACGGAGACGCCUCUUUGCUGAAGUCUUGGGGGGGGUGUCCGUCCUUCUCCCUAAGAUGCUGCCGUGGCUGAAAACCUCCCCAGGGGUGUUUGGUGGCCGAGCCCGCUCCGGGCAGCCCGGGUUUGGGGCGACCCGGGAGGCAUUUGGGAAGAAGGGGGGGGAAAUCUCGCUGCCCGCAUCCGGCGCCCAGGAGGACCUUCGGGGGCUGUUCGGAAAGAUGGACGCUGUCGCAACGGAGGCGUCGCGCUUGAAACCCUCCGCCAGACUAGCGGGAGAGGAAGGAGGACCGAAUCUCAAGAGAGCCGCUCUCCGGGAGACGGGUCUCGGUCUUGACGCCAAGCGACGGGUCUUGGUCUUGACGCCGAGCGAAGAAUGGGCCCCGCCGCUUCUGCACCCUGCCUUGGUUCCUGUGUCUGUCUGUACACCUUCACCGGAUUAGCUAGAGACCCCGCGUGGUGUGCAGAGCCGUACGAAGUUCAGGCGGGGCAUGUCGGACGCCAACCCCCCCCCACAGCGUCACCCCCCCAACCGUUUUUUCUUUGCCUAAUCACAUUCGUUCAUUUUUUAAAAUUGUACAUAAUCCCUCUUUUUUUUCGUUACCCACCACACCCACCCUGAUCUUGAACUGCCGUGGACAGGGGAUGAAGGGGCCGGCGGGCCAAGGAGAGGGGAGGGGGGGCGCGCACGGAGGUUUGUCCUGUAAAAGCACUUGUAACUUUGCAUUCGUAUCUGUUGCCAGGUCAGGUCUGAGUUCGAGUCAGGGCGGGAGGGGGCGAGCGAGCGGAUGGACACCACGGGGGGGGACGGCCGUGGCCCCUCCUUGUUCGCCCCCCUUGCCCUCCCCUGCUAGGGAGGAGAUUUUUUAAAAAACCAAGAGUGAUUUUAUUAUUAUUUUUUAAAUAUAUGUUAAUUAUAAUAA